CAGAUUUGUAUUGAGAUUCAUAUAUCUUAAUCUUAAUACACAUCUUGAUAUAAGACGUCUUAAUCUUAAAAAACAAACAAAUGAGGCCAUAGGCCUCCAACCAAAUCGGGCAUAUAUUUUCUUGAGAUAAACAAAGUUGCAGGGGAGAGAAGACUGAUGAACGCCACCACACCCACAAAAAUAGCCCAAACUCUCCCUUACUUCACCUCUCUAUUUCACCCUUCUCGAGCUGAAGGGGUGGAAAAGAUUGGAUUUUUGAACUUGUGGACAAGAAGUAGGAGGGGUUUUAAUGUGAAGAAAAUGGCUUGGAGUUUGGAGAAAAGUGAUGGCAAUGUGGAGACUAAGGUAGUUUCUGUGAGUCCUGCUUCAGAAGAUUAUGCCGAAGAGGCAAUUGAAGCUAUCAAAGCUGGGAAAGUUAUAGCUGUGCCCACUGAUACAUUAUAUGGUUUUGCUUGUGAUGCUUGUUCUGCUGAGGCAGUGAAUCGUAUUUAUGAGAUCAAAGGACGCAAGCAUACAAGUCCUCUGGCGAUUUGUGUUGGCGAUGUUCAUGAUAUACAAUGUUACGCUGUGACAGAUCAUCUGCCUCAUGGCUUGCUUGACUGCCUGCUUCCAGGACCUGUAACUGUGGUCUUAAGGCGAGGUGAGUCAAGUAUCCUUGAGAAGUCAUUAAACCCUGGAUUAGAGAGCAUAGGUGUCCGAGUGCCUGACUAUAACUUCAUCAGGGUAAUCGCCCGUGGUUCUAGAAGUGCCCUUGCACUUACUAGCGCUAACCUCAGUGGACAGCCCAGUAGCAUAAACAUCAAAGAUUUUGAGAACCUUUGGGAGCAUUGUGCAUAUGUCUAUGAUGGCGGAAUUCUUCCGGCUGGGCGAGCAGGAUCAACAGUGGUGGAUCUUACCAAGUUGGGAAAGUACAAGAUUCUAAGACCUGGGAG